AUGUCCACCAAUUUGACUAUUGAUGUUAACUUCAAAUACGAUAACCAAAGUCAUACCUAUUAUUGUAUUUAUAAUUCAACAAUAUAUGCCAUACACUAUAUUACUGUCUACAGUCUGGAAGCAUUUAAAAUAUUUACCGAUUGGUCCGAUUGGUCGUCAUGUACUCGAUGUCCAUUAGGACUCAUUAGACGGAUCGGCGUCUGUACGAUAAAACCACUGUCUGCUACUAUCAGUACAGACAUACCAUUGUUUGACAAUGAUUUGUAUGGACUCCGGGAUAUAGGAAUUCCGUGUCGGUCGCCAAGUUUGCCCCGAAAUUUGACUGCAAUCGAUACGAUACAAUUGCGGCGAUCGGAACUCCAGUACGCCGUUUGUCAGCUGGAAAAUUGUUCGGCACUCACGACCAAUGUUUCGGCGGAAGUCAAGGAUCAGCUAAGGAAACGAGAGUUCGCCCAAUUCAAGACAUCUCUGUCGUCGGCGAUGUCAAUGUUACGGGUAUUGAUUGUCAAUUCGGGCGACAAACUGACCACUAGACUCGUUGCACUGGUAUGUUUGGUAUAA